AUGUUUUAUUGGCUUUCGGUAACACUUUUUCUGUCAACUAUUAGUCAAAGAUAUUUCAGAGAACACUGAAAAUGUUGUGCUCUUCUUGUCCCAUCACCGCCGCGUUGGUCGUUGGAACCAUCGGCUACUUUGUUUACAAAAAGCUCUUCAAGCUUCAUGGAAUUCGACCAAAACCAGCGGCCUACAAAAAGGAUUUCAAGGCGGAUACCGUCUAUUUGUAUCAGUUCAAGAGAGUCAAGAAGGCGCCGAAUCUCUCGCCGUUCUGCAUAAAGAUUGAGGUGCUCUGCAGAGCUUUUGACAUUCCGUACGAGGUUAGUGAGGGCUAUCCAUGUUACGCACAAAUGAAAAAUGUAUUCUUUUGAAGGUUUGUGACGAGAAACGUCGUUGGGGUCGAACUGGAACGUUGCCGUUCAUCGAGCUCAACGGAGAGCACAUCGCUGACUCGGAUCUCAUUGAGCAACGAUUGAGGAAACACUUUAAUAUUCCGGUGAGUAAAUGUGUAAACUGUGUGUCGGAUGGGCUAAAAAAGUCACAAAUUUCAGUGCCUUCCCGACGUGCAGGAAUCUCAUUCUAUCGCUCUAACUCGGCUCGCCGACAAUCACUUGUUCAAGUAAGUUCACCGAACCCCGGCUAUCAUCGAUGUUCUUCUUUUCUUCAGCAUUCUGAUCCGCUACAAGACUGCUGUCAAUGAGUUCUACCACACGCUUCUCGAUGUUGUUGGCGUUCCAGCCGUCUUGAAAUCGCUACUCGUGACACCCUUCAAAGCAAUCUUCCAAAAGAGAGUUUAUCAGAAAUCAAAAAUGGCGAUUGGAGAUUUCGAAGAGCAAGAUCUGGACGACCUUCUUCACAGAGAUCUCAAGGCGAUUCAGGAUCAUCUUCAGGACCAGAAGUUCUUGUUCGGCGACAAAUUGACGCCGGUCGACGCCACUGUCUUCGGACACUUGGCUUCUGUCUAUUAUCCACUGAACACGCACGUCAAUGAGGUUCUCGACAAGGAUUUCCCGAAGAUUGUGGAGUACUUGGAGCGUAUCCGCGAAGAAAUUUAUCCAAAUGAUUUUACGCGUUAAUUGUUUUGUUCAUUAAAACUUACAAUCUACUUGUGCUCAUUUCAUUUUAACACUCGGAAAAGUCGCGAAGCGGUUUGCGAAGUAGGAGCCAAAAACCAACCACAAACAACAACGUGUAUUAUUUGAUUUAUCAGUACUGAUUCGGUUUUAUUUUCCUAUCACAAACUCCAUCUUUGUCACAAAACACAUUCUCUUCUCGUUUCUUCGACCGCACGUUUCCCACUAACACUUGGUUUUUAUCUAGUCAUUUUUCUGUAAACGUCUCAAGAACUAAAGAAACUCUUGCGAAACUGCCAGUCGCCACAGUCAUGUACAUCGCCGACACAAUGCGGACACACUAAUCGUUGUGCCUGCGUCUCUUUGAGUCUACCCUGAUCAGCGCCGAGUAUAAAUAGACCGGGCGUCUUUCUGGUUUCAUCUCUUCGUUGCUCUAGUUUGUUAAGAUGAUGGACAUUACCUGUGUACUUCUUACUCUUUUUAGCCUAUAUAACUCUGCUCACUACUGUAAUCCUCGUUUCAGAAUGACGUGUUGUUGUCCAGUGACCAGCGUCCUCGUGCUCGGAGCCAUCGGCUUCUUCGUUUACAAAAAGUUUUUGUCGGCACCGACAAUUAGGCCAAAGCCGGCUGUAAGUCGUGUCAACUCGCAGCCCGAAACACUGUCAUUUUGUAGAUUCGCAAGACCGACUACAAAAAGGACACGGUCUACCUGUAUCAAUUCAAACGACUCCAGAACUGCCCGAACCUCUCGCCGUUCUGCCUGAAACUUGAGGUGCUUUGCAGAGUUUAUGGCAUCGCGUAUGAGGUAUCAUUUGAUCCAAUAUACAAUAACAGAAACUAACACAACUUUGCCAAUAUAUAUAGGUUGUGGAAACCGCUACUGCACGCUCACGAAAUGGAACUCUUCCGUUCAUUGAGCUGAACGGAGAGCACAUUGCCGAUUCGGAUCUCAUUGAGAUUCGUCUUCGACAACAUUUCAAGAUUCCAUCUUUGGCGGCCGAUCAGGAAGCGCAGGCUGUCGCGUUGAGCAGAUUUGCUGACAAUCAUCUUUUCUAGUGAGUUCUCACGGUUUCUCCCGGUUGUGUGAUGUUCUGUUGUAGAACAAGGGAAUGUCGUUUUGCAAGUGUUUCCUGAAAGAUCAAUAAUGAAUGAUUCCCCGCUUUCAGCAUUCUGCUCCGCUACAAGUCGGCCGUUGAUGCCUUUUACCAGACGUUAGUUGGAAUGCUCCCGCUGCCCGGAGCACUUGCCGCCCUUCUUGUCCCUCUCGUUCGAGCAGUUUUUGGACGAGCAUUGUAUGCUCGAGCAGUGAGCGCAAUCGGAGAUUUUGAGCCACAAGAGCUGGACGAGCUGCUUCACAGAGAUCUCAAAGUCAUCGAAGACUCUAUCAAGGGAAAGUACUUGUUUGGCGACAAGAUUACUCCGGUAAGCCAAAACCGUAUUUCAGAAUCGAAAUGAAUAUUCAUUAUUGUAUGGUUUAGGUGGAUGCAACAGUGUUCGGACAAUUGGCGGCAGUCUACUACCCAUUCCGUUCUCAUAUCACUGAUGUUCUCGAGAAAGAUUUCCCGAAGGUUCUGGAGUAUUGCGAACGAAUUCGCAAGGAAGUCUAUCCUAAUGACUUUACUAUUUAA